CAAUCGUGCUUUGAAGAUUUAUUUUCAACAUAGUCUACAGCAUGUGAAUUAAAGGAGGGUCGCUCACAAUAAACACAUCAGACUGUAAAAUAUAAUGAAACAUCUGUCUGGAAUCGGACAUAGGACAUGGCGGGUUACGUAAAUGGCUGAGCCGGGACAAUGAAACUGUUAUCUAACAUGACAGAUUUUAACACUUUAGGGAUGAUAGAGCACUCGGACAUCCAGACGGUGCAGAGCAUAUAUAAAGCUGCACAUGCAGUAACGUGGAUGUGUCCAAAGAAAGACUCCAAGCAAUUUUAACAAUGAAGAGAUCGCUCGCCCUUUGUCUCGUCUUUGCCCUGGCUGAUGUCGGGCUCUGGAGAACUAUUGGUGGAGCGGCUGCCAAUUUAAUAGGUCAUGAUCAGGGCUGGGGAAAGGGCGGUAUAGUUCACCAGCCGGGUCACAUCGAUCAUCACGGAUCUAAGGGUGGCGCUAUCGGAGUCGGAAACGCCCAGGUUGAUCUUGGUGUUGAUCUUGGAGUCGGUGGACAGUUCGAUGCUGGAUUUAAUGGUGGAAGCAUUGACCAUGGUCACCAUGGAAAGGGAGGAAUCAUUGACCAUCACGAUAUAGGCCAUUUCGAUCACCACAAUGGUGGAAUCAUCGGAGGUGGUGCUCAUGCUUCAGCUGAUGUAGCCGUGGGAGCCGCUGUUGGUGCCGCUGUUGGAGGUGGUAUCGGUGUUGGAGGUGGAAUCGGGGGAGGUAUUGGAGGAGGUAUCGGAGGUGAUAUCGGAGGUGGCUUCCAUGAUAACAUCGGAGGUGGAUUCGAUGACUUCAACAGCAUUAAUGGCAACUUCGAUGACACCACAGUCAUUGGAGGUGGAAACAUCAACAGCAUCAGUGGAUCUUUCGAUGACAGCACAAUCAUCGGUAGAGGUGGAAACUUGAACUCCAUUAGCGGAAACUUCGAUGACAGCACAAUCAUCGGUAGAGGUGGAAACUUGAACUCCAUUAGCGGAAACUUCGAUGACAGCACAAUCAUCAAUGGUGGAAAUCUGAACUCCGUCAGCGGAUCAUUUGACGAUUCCGUAAUUAUUGGAGGAGGUAUCGGUGGAGGAAUCGGAGGCGGGAUCGGAGGAGGUAUUGGUAUUGGAGGAGGUGUCGGUGUUGGAGCCGCCGUGGGUGCCCGUGUCUCAGUAGGAGCUAGGGCUGGAGCUGGCAUUGGUGGAGGAUUUGGAGGAAAGAAAGGCGGAUACGGAAAGGGUGUUAUUGGCGGAGGUUACUACAGACCCAUGGUCAUCUACAGACCAAAGUUCGGAGGAUACAAAAAACGCUACGGCGGAGGAUACAGAAAAUCUUCAUACAAAAAGAUGAGGGUCCUUCCAAUCAGGAAAAUCAGAUUUAUGAGACCCAUCUUCAAGAAAAAGUUCGGAGGUUAUUACUAAGCUUCGAGUUUGUGCACCGAUUUCAUGGCACCAGUCCUCAAAAUGGAGUCUUUGUUAUUUAUUGUUUGUUAAUAAAA